AUGUUGGAAUGUCUAAGCGCUCUGCUGGUUCUCUUUGCCGGUGGUGGUGGGAGCGUUCUCGCAGCGGUUCAAAGCAAAACUGUGGCAGAUCCUAACUUAUGUCCAGGUUACAAUUCACAACUGAUUUCCCCCUUCCUCUCCAGUUGCAAACGAAAUUUAAGUGAAUGCGUGUCCCGUUAUUUUGAUGAACAAUAUGCAUUUUGUCGGUCAUGCGUUACUGUGAAUAAUGAAACAAUGGAGGACUUGGAUAACUGCAAAUGUUUACAGUGUGCCUUGAGUUCCCUUAAUAAUAGCUGCUUUCACGAUUACUGUACCUCCAAAGAUGAGUAUGACAAGUUGCAGAUCGUUGUUGAACAAUUUCAAUUGACAAAUGGAGUUUUAGAUGACGGAGAGAUUUUGAAACCUAGAGGCAACAAAUUUUCUAGUAGAAAAUUGUCUUAUUUCGUUGGUCAAAACAAUACUCUUUUUAGGAACCCUUUGCAGUUCGAAAAAAACCAAUUAAUUUCUGCACUAUUAACCUCUUUAACCAAUAAUCAAAAGACUAUAUCAUCAGUUGACAUGUUCGAAGUGGUUGACGCUAAUAAUGAAGUUCAAUAUUUGCGCGAAAGAACGAUAAGUGGUAAAACUCUGUCUCCAGCUACUGGUUAUGAAGAAGAAAACGACGGUGACUGUAGUGUGAAAGAUAAGAAGUGGGAAGGUAAAAUCGAAUACCAUGAGAACAAGAAAGUUAGUUCUGAAAACUGUAGUAAGGAUACCGAUGAUAAAAGUGGCAGUAAAAAAGAACGAAAUACGAAGGCCCCAUUAUUUCACACUGCCACCGAAAUUCAUAUGACAAGGUGGAGUUCUUGGAGGCCAAAGAAAAUUUUUACUCGUUACUUAGUGAAUGAAUACCAAAGUCCUAAAAUAAUAACCACAGUGAACAGGUUUUACAGGACCAAGACUGAUACUGAAACAGGGACGACUUUAAUCACGUCGACAAAAGCCAAAAGAAGAUGGUUUCCAAGAACUAAAAUCGUAACAAGUACCGCAACUUCGACGUUUUUGAGUAUCACGACUACUACGACAACAAAUGCUAUCGCAACGAAGUCGUUAGUAGCAGUACUUAAUCCGGAUGGAUUGAAUAAAAAAGCGGGAAUAAAUUUUGGUCUCUUUAGCGCUAAUGGUGAGCUCGCUUCACCAGAUGAAGGAGGUACACCAACAGUAGUAAGAAGAGAUAAGAUUUCUGAUCCAGGCGCUGCUAAUGAGCAGGCCACACUGUUCUCUACAACCUUUUCGCAAGUGCCGCACUUACCAGAACUAGAUUCUGGUGAAUUCAUAUCGGCGGCAUCUCAAUUAGACAAAAGGAUUUUCAUAUUCACUGCCAUCACAGUAUCAAUUACUACAUUGAUGAUGUUGGGGUUUUCUUACCGGUCGCGGGUAUCUUUUAGAGAUCAUAGUAUCGAUGACUCAGAUGAUGAUAACGAUUGGUCAGAUGACGAAGUUGAAUUUGACGAAGAGUAUUUCUAUUCUCUUCCUGUAAGCAUACCAGAAAAGGGGAUCAGCUUAGAUAAAAUGGCGCAACAACUUGGUGUAGAAUAG